GCUGUUAACGUACUCAAUUCCAGUUAAACUUAUCAACAUUCAAGAGAAGAUAACCAGGCAAAUAAUUUUCACGCAUCUCACAUCUGGGUCAACUGGGUCGUUAGACAGACAGAUCAACGAAGCUGAUUGAGCUCUUCUGGUAGAUUCCCAUACUAAACCGACCCAUGACAGUUAUUCAAAGAGAAUAAAAAUCACCAUAUCAAGGGAGCCAUGGCCGCGGAUUUAGAUAUGGUGAACUUGUUGGUCCUUGCUGGUGCAACGUUGGCCAUUCCUAUUCUGUCUUUUGUGGCCUCUUUUAUCCUCUGGCCCUCAGCCCUCAUCAAAAUAUAUUACUGGUACUGGAGGAGGACCCUGGGUCUACAGGUGCGCUAUGCAGACUGUGGGGGAUACCGCUUCUGUUACUCUUACAGAGGGAAGCCGGGGUUCAGACCAUCCAUCCUCAUGCUACAUGGUUUCUCUGCUCACAAAGACACAUGGCUCACUAUGGUCAAGUAUCUACCCAAACACCUGCACAUACUGUGCGUGGAUAUGCCUGGCCAUGAGGGAACCACUCGUACCAACUCAGAGGACUACUCCAUCCAGGGCCAGGUCAAGAGGAUUCAUCAGUUUGUGGAGAACGUUCGACUGAACAGGAAGCCCUUCCAUCUGGUCGGGACCUCCAUGGGGGGCAAUGUGGCAGGAGUGUACGCAGCCAGCUUCCCCUCCGAAAUCUGUAGCAUCACCCUCAUCUGUCCAGCAGGUAUACGAUACCCCUGUGAGACAAAAUUUGACAAUCAUCUGCAGGACCUUGAGCACAGCCAUUACACUCUGAGCAUCCCACUGAUUCCGUCCACACCAGAGGAGAUGGAGGAUAUGCUCAGGCUUUGCUCCCAUGUCCGCUUUAAGAUCCCUCAACAGAUUCUUCAAGGACUGGUGGAUGUUCGGCUUCCACACAAUGAUUUUUAUCAAGAAGUUUUCAUGGAGAUAUUGAGUGAGAACUCCAGAUACGCCCUACAGGAAAAUUUGCAGCUGAUUACUGCCCCUUUGCAAGUCAUUUGGGGCAAACAGGACCAGGUGGUGGAUGUCUCUGGAGCUGUGGUAGUGGCGGAGGCCUUGCCCGGUUGCAGGGUGGACCUGUUAGAGAACUGUGGCCACUCUGUGGUGAUGGAGAGGCCUCGCCGGACAGCCAAACUCAUCAUGGAGUUUAUUAUCUCCCUGGGUACCACCAGCGGAACCAUUAAGAAGCACUCCUGAGAAAUACAUUCUUUAUGGAAGUUUUAUUAUUUAGUCAAGCAUUUUAUUUUGAAAUGUUUAAAAAAAAAUGGUUUAACGAUCAACUAUUUACUCUAAACUCUUAAUUUUUCAGAUUCAGUUAUUUUUUUCACCCAUGUAAUAUCUUGGUCAAAUAUGUUGUUUUCCUCUUCCUGCAAUGUUUGAUCACAUUUGACUCAAUUAUUAAACCCUGCCUGUGUCUAAUUUAAUUGAUUUUCAUCAAACUAUGCUGAUGGAAUGUUUGUAGCUAGCCUAUGUGCAUAAAAUAAAGAAUACU